AUGAAUGGACAACUUGUCCUCAACGACACCUACAUCGCUGUCGUCAGCACCACACUGCCCCCUGCCAACAGCACGAUGAACAGCAUAGGCAACGCAACGGCGAAGCCAAUCAGCGUCUUUGACGGCUGCGAAGAGAUGUCUGCCGCAAUUCUGUUCGACCUGUGCGUGCAGGUCUUCAACGUCUUUCUGGGCUUGCCUGCCAACAUCCUGGUCAUGGUGACCAUCUACAGGAACCGACGAGAGCCUUCUACAUCAGACAUGUUCAUCUUCCUCCUGGCUUUCAUGGAUGCCUAUUUUGGUGUCAUGGUGCCCAUCUCCUUCCUGAACCUCUACUACUGGCAGAGCGUAGAAGGCUGGAGGGCCAUCAAGUUCGCCUAUGGGGUCAAAGACACUAGUGGCCCCCUCUUCCUCUCCUGCAUCUGCAUGGACCGCUUUCUGGCCGUGGUCUUCCCCAUCACCUUUAGCCGCCUGAAAUCCCACAAAUACCGAUUCUCCUGCUCUGGGCUGGUCUUGCUGCUCACCUUAACCUAUGCCGCCGCCAAGGCCACGGACAGGGUCCCCCACUUUGAGAGGAUCUUCACAGGAGAGAUCCUGACCGUGUUCACCCUCAUGGUGCUGUGCAACCUCUCCAUCCUGUGGGCACUACAGCGCUCAAGGGCGGGACGUGACGAGAUGCACCCGAUGAAGAAGAAAGCCUUUAAGAUGGUGCUCUCCAUCCUGGCCAUAAUCAUCUUCAACUACCUGCCGCCAGUGGCCCUGUUUCCCUUCCAGGAUAGCUACAACCCCGACGUUUUCCGCUGCUAUGUGCAGCCGGUCGGCUUCGCGUUCGUUAACAUCAGCAGCAGCAUGCAGCCUCUCAUCUACCUGUCCCGCCUGGAGAAGCUGCCCUGCAUCAGCGAUGCCUGCAGACAGAGAUGCUCCCCAAAAAAGAAUGACGAGGCUCCGCCCGCAUAA